UCCUCCUGGCUGGGUUUCAUGGAGAAAUUCUUUUCUGAUUACCAACACGGAUCCCAGAGCAGCCUCGGCCUCUCUCUGGACAGAACGAGAGGCCAAUUGUAAGCAGACAUAGCUGACCAUCAUGGGGAAACUGAUCAGACUGGGGACACAGGAGAGGCGGUUAUUCCGACGACCAAAGAGGCUUCAGUGGAAUCGCCUCCUUUUCCUCCUGGGAAUGUUGAUCAUUGGUUCCACCUAUCAGCACCUGAGGAGACCCCAGAACCCUCUCUCAAUGUGGACGAAAGUCUCUGCCCAGCAGCCUAUUAAAUUGGCCAGCAGGGAUCUCCCUAGGGAUGAGAUGACAGUGGUGGGCAGUGACCCUCCGGAGGCUAGCUCUGAAGUAGACGGUGAGAUGCUAGUACCCCAAAAUACAGUGAUCAGGGAUGGAACAACACCUAGCAUAACAAUGGAAGAUACCCCUAACCCACCCAGAACAACCAAAAUCACCCCAGCAUCACCAAAGAAUAAUUAUAGCCCUACAGGAGCUGGCACAGAAAGAAGAAAGGAAAAUACUCCACCCACACCUAGCAGAGCAUCAGACCACUUCAUCUCAACGUCAGGCAGAGAGAGAAUAAAAAGCUAUGCUCUAAUACCCAGGGGAGAAAGGAGAAACUCCAUCCCAACACACCCCAGGGAAAAGGGAAGGAAGUCUACCCCAUCCCCAGCCGGAGCACCAUCUGCUACCACCCCCACAGCAACAGAGAAAGACAGCAAAACCAUGGCAACCUAUAGGCUGUGGGAGACCAGACUGCCCAAGAGAACAAUGAAAGAAAACACUGCAGUUUCUCUCAAGAGAGGGGUUCUGAACACCCCGACUUCCUUAACACAUGAAGUAGGAACAAGCCUCUUGACUUCUCCAAGUUUGGUGACAGAGAACAACUUGGGAAUCCCUAGAAGAGAGGAACAAAACAGCUCUCUCAGUCCCCAGGGAGCAGUCCCACAGCACGCCCCAGCCACCUCUGAGGAGCAAGGGCCAAUAAGCGCCAGGAUGGGUAGUACCCCAUCAACCACAGAAGCAGCUACUGCUGCCUGGAGCAUUAGUUAUCCCUCGUCCAGAACCAGUGUGUCAACCUUUAGAAUUGCCUCAGCCACCAACAGGGAGCUGGCAAAGAGACCUUCCACAGGACGCAGGGCCCCAGUAACUCCCAGAGUCAAGGCAACCCUGACCACACAGGUCCACCGCUGUGUGGUUGUGGAGCCGGCCCCAGCGGGACCCACGACCUCAUCUCCGAGCACGACAAACAUCCUCUUCCCAGAGGCGACCAGUUCCAGUCCCUCAGCUUUACCCCCUGACUGGCCAAACCUCCACCCCAAGGCUGAGUACCCCCCGGACCUGUUCAGUGUGGAGGAUCGGAGACAAGGCUGGGUGACCCUGCACAUCUUCGGCAUGAUCUACGUGUUUGUGGCCUUGGCCAUUGUGUGCGAUGAGUACUUUGUCCCAGCCCUGGGAGUCAUCACAGACAAGCUGCAGAUCUCUGAGGAUGUGGCUGGGGCCACGUUCAUGGCCGCCGGAGGCUCCGCCCCUGAGCUCUUCACGUCUCUCAUUGGUGUCUUUAUCUCCCACAGCAAUGUGGGUAUCGGUACCAUUGUGGGCUCUGCUGUGUUCAACAUCCUUUUUGUCAUCGGCACCUGCGCCCUUUUCUCCAGGGAGAUCCUCAAUCUCACCUGGUGGCCCUUGUUCCGUGAUGUCUCCUUCUACAUCCUUGACUUGUCCAUGCUCAUCCUCUUCUUCCUGGAUAGCCUCAUUGCCUGGUGGGAGAGCCUGCUGCUGCUGCUGGCCUAUGCUCUCUAUGUGUUCACCAUGAAGUGGAACAAGCAGAUUGAGCUUUGGGUGAAAGAGCAGCUCAGCAGGAGGCCAGUAGCCAAGGUCAUGGCCCUGGGGAACCUCAACAAGCCCAGUGACGGUGCCAUUGAGGAGAACGAGUCACAGGAUAGCAAGAAGCUAAAGCUCCCGUCCGUGCUGACCCGAGGGAGCAGCUCGGCCUCACUCCACAACAGCGUCAUCCGCAGCACCAUCUACCACCUCAUGCUCCACAGCCUGGACCCCCUGGGGGAAGCCCGCCCCUCCAAGGAAAAGCAGGAGAGUUUGAAUCAGGAGGCCAAAGCCCACCCCCAGACCAAAGCAGAGAGCAGUCCCAACGAGGAGGAGCCAGCCGAGCUCCCUGCGGUCAAGGUUACUCCAGCCCCUGCUCCAGACGCCAAGGGAGAUCAGGAGGAGGAUCCAGGAGGCCAGGGAGAUGUGGGUGAGACUGAACACACAGGAGUUGUGACAGGUGAAGAGAAUGAAACUCAACCAGGUGAAGGGGAAACCGAGGCAGAAGGAAAAGAAGAUGAGCAUGAAGGGGAAACUGAGGCAGAAGGAAAAGAAGAUGAGCAUGAAGGGGAAACUGAUGCAGAAGGAAAAGAUAAACAUGAAGGGGAAACUGAGGCAGAAGGAAAAGAAGAUGAACAUGAAGGGGAAACUGAGGCAGAAGAAAAAGUUGUUGAACAGGAAGGAGAAACUGAGGCAGAAAGAGAUGAAGAUGAACAUGAAGGGGAAACAGAGGCAGGACGAAAAAAAGGGCAAAGUGAAACCCAAGCAGACAACACUGAGGUAAAAGAUGGUGAAGGUGAAGCAGAAGCAAAUGCUGAAAAUCAGUGUGAGACCACCCAAGGUGAGACCACCCAAGGUGAGACCACUCAAGGUGAGAAAGAUGCAGAUGGUGAAGGGGGAAGUGACGGAGGGGACAGUGGAGAAGAGGAAGAUGAUGAAGAGGAUGAUGAAGAGGAGGAAGAAGAAGAGGAGGAGGAGGAGGAGGAGGAAAACGAGGAGCCUCUGUCCUUGGAGUGGCCCAAGACCAGGCAGAAGCAGGCAAUUUACCUCUUUCUCCUGCCCAUCGUGUUCCCACUGUGGCUGACAGUGCCGGAUGUACGGAGGCAGGAGUCCAGGAAGUUCUUUGUCCUCACCUUCCUGGGAUCCAUCAUCUGGAUAGCCAUGUUCUCAUACCUCAUGGUAUGGUGGGCUCACCAGGUUGGUGAAACCAUUGGGAUUUCGGAAGAGAUUAUGGGUUUGACGAUCCUAGCAGCAGGCACUUCAAUUCCUGACCUCAUCACCAGUGUGAUUGUUGCCCGGAAAGGCCUGGGAGACAUGGCUGUGUCAAGCUCAGUGGGCAGUAACAUAUUUGAUAUAACAGUAGGCUUGCCUGUCCCUUGGCUCCUCUUCUCUCUCAUCAACACACUGCAGCCUGUUCCCGUCAGCAGCAAUGGCCUGUUCUGUGCCAUCGUCCUGCUGUUUCUCAUGCUCCUGUUUGUCAUCUUCUCAAUCGCCUCGUGUAAAUGGAGAAUGAACAAGAUCCUGGGCUUCACCAUGUUCCUUCUUUACUUUGUCUUCUUGGUAAUCAGUGUGAUGUUAGAAGAUCGAAUCAUAUCCUGUCCUGUAUCUGUCUGACUCAGUCACAGAUAUGCAUGAUGGGCAUAGACCAGAAGUCCAUGCCAGAAGCUCCUGCCCCUCUUGCCACACCAGUCAAAGGAUGAACCUGUGAACUGAAGAGCCUGGGCCCUCUGAAGUGACUGCCAUCGUGACUGAGGCUUCUCUUUGCAAACUCCUGCAGCUCCUGGUGGAUUAUGAGCUCUUCCUUGGAAGGGAGAGUCCUACCACCCAGGCCUGCAGCUCUCACAGAAUCAGCAGGACAGCCCUGCCGCCAGAGGGCUUUCCAAAUGAGACCUGGGUUAAGGCUGGGAUGACACCCUGGCUCACAAUUCCCUGGUCACUCCUGAAGAGCCUCUGGCACAAGGAUGUAGGUGUUGGAGGCUUAUUCUCCUGGUUACGGCCCCAAACACAUGCUGCCAUGUGCUAUUCCUCUUGGGGCAAAUGUGAAGUCACAUCAGGUCUGCAACCGUUAUAAGUUCAGAUAAUGAGUACAGGGAGCUUAGGCCAUGGAAGGGCAGGAAUAAAUUACCACCAUACCCUACAGAUGCACAGUAUUUCCUAUGUCAUCAGCUUUUAUUGCUGCAUUUCUGAAAAAUGAAAUUUAAAACAGGAAACAGCCUAAGAAAUGAAGUGUAUAAUUUGUCUUGAUCUAGAGGCAGAAAUUUAAGAGAAAAAAAAAAAACCUACUCAGGGCUAUUUAAAAUUUGGUACUUUCUGGGAAAUCCAUGUUUGUUUUGUCUCCAUCAAUGGUCACUUCAAAGGCUUAGAUAUUUUGACACAGCUUCCCUGCUGCCCCCCCAGAAUUUUCUUGCCCAGGACUGACAACUGUCCCUAAAGAGCCAAAGGGAUAUAUUUGCAGAGAGUCCCAAUCAGACUUAUAAGAGCUCUAGGGCUCAGUGCUAUGCUUGUAUGCUAACCUGGACAGGACUGCAGAGCAAGACUAGUCCUGUGUAUAGUUUAUCAGUGGACCUUGAGACAAUUUACAAAGGAGAAAUUAAAAAAUGCUUAGCACAAUGAUGACAUAGUGAGAAAGAAGAGUACUGCUUGCUAUGCAGAUUAGGCUGGCCUCGAACUCAAAGAGAUCUACUUACCCCUGCAUCCUGAGUGCUGGGAUUAAAAGCAUGGCUGCUACACCUGGCUGAAUAUAUUUUUAAGGCCAUAAAGGACAC